CUUCUUCCAGCGGUUCUUUGACAACGGAUAGUCGGGAAAUGUCGCCACCGCGGUGCCUUUUCCCCGGAACCGCUCCAUUGAUAGACGAACCGCAAAAGUCACGGUGCUCUCUCUCUUUGUUCUCCCUCAUGACGUAUGGAUGAGCAGGAAGAACGACUGCGCUAUUUGCUUCUUACAUGGCACCAUGGCUCACACUGGCGAGCUGGAUAUCCUGGCGUUCUGAACGGUGGAAUGGCCGGGAAGCACGCCACUUCAAGGCGUACUGGGAGUUCUUGAUUCCGUCUAUAGGUGCUUGGGCGUUUUACUUCUUGUACAACAUCUACCGCGGGAUUUACUUCGGGUCGUGGAGAAAGAGGAGAAACGAUGGUUGCGACUCUUUUGACGAGAGAUUGGCGGCUGUGGUCCUCGAACUUUCACGAUCUCCUUUCGACCUACCACGCCAUUACGAUCCGGGGAUGAGUAGGAACGGUCGGCGAGAUACUUCCAUCUCGCUUUGCUUAGUCUUCUCCGACGCUCCUCGACGUAUAUGUCUCUCCUCUUUCUUCCCCCUCAAACGACCCCACCUCGACGUACCCUUCCUUUCCCCCGCAACAACGCCCGUGCAACGAUUACACCACCCUCGUCUCACGCCUCUUUAUCCCCUUCUCCCUACGUUUCCUGAUGACAGGCUCGCACGUGGAUAUGCCUUAACAUCUUACUUAUCGUCAACCCCCAACUCACGUACCCCUCAACCACAUCCAAGCGUUAUCAACAAUCGACCUCCCACGCCGCAUACCCCAUCCCUUUGAAGUUGGAUUGCCAAACCGCCUGUCCCCUCGGUCCGGGAUCCGAGCCAGCAAAGUCGCCUCUCCGACGCCCGAACCCUCAACAGACGCGGUGUGUCAACUGUACGAUUGAUUCAGAGCAAGGGGCAGGAACAACUACCACAGAAAACAGAUAAAAAAGGGCCAAUGUUGACUUGUCGUUCUUCGAGUAGGUCGGUGGAUCCUGCGUGGGCAGAUUCACUGACCGGACAUGGUGGAUAGACAAUUCAAUGACAACUUCUCCCGCCCAUUUCGAUGAUCGAUCGCUGAAUGUGAUGCAUUUUCCAACUAACGAUAAACCAAACUUCAUAAGCGCAUCGUAUAUGUAGCAAUUUUCUCCGCUACGUAUGCACCCUUUCCUGUUCUGCAGUGCAUUCAACUCCUGGAUAAUGCAGCCCCCCCUUCCCCGCCCCUCC